UACAGGAGUUGGUUCAAAGACUUCCACGAAUAACUGCUACUCCAAUAAGAAUAAUGUUUUCAAAUUACAAGCAGUUAGUAGAAAAUUCAGCUGCAGUCCAUAAAGAACAGUACGAUCCAUCAGGUAGUUGCAGUCCGUAAAAGAUACAAAAAUCCAUUAAGGAAUUUGAUUGUUCGUUGAAUUUCGUGCAAAGCUACUCGAGGAUUAUCUGUGAUAGCUGUCCUUAAUUUUGAAAUGAUGGAAUAAAAGGAAGGCCAUUAAUCAACACCACCCACCUCCCACACUUGUGCUACUGUUCUAUAACAAAUAGUGUGAUUGAUCGAAUGUUAUAACGCCUCUAAGGUUAAAAGUGGCGAGUAUGUUCGGUGACAGGGAUUCGAACCCGCGAUCCUCAGAGUGCAAGUCGAGUACCUUUAUCACCAGGCCUUAUUAAGCAGUUAAAGACCAUAUAAACAAGCUAAUCUAUCAAUCAGUUGUAAUCCCUAUAUGGUCGUCCCCCGAUGCGACAGCGGUAAGUCUUCAGGAUUUACAAUGCUAAAAUCAGGGGUUCGAUUCCUCUCGGUGGACAACAGAUAGUCUGAUGUGGCUUUGCUAUAAGAAAAACACAGGCCUAUAUGGGUCCUGGUAAAUCAACGCUAACUUUAUGGACUUACAAUGGUGUCGAUUCCUCUCGGCGGACAACAGAUAGUCCGAUGUGGCUUUGCUAUAAGAAAAACACAGGCCUAUAUGGGUCCUGGUAAAUCAGCACUAACUUUAUGGACUUACAAUGGUGUCGAUUCCCGGAGUGGACAGAGUGCAAAAAACACACUGUGUAGCCUUGAACUAACAAAAAAUGUCCCUAUAAACGUGAAAAUCCAUCAGACACUUGCAAUUUAUUUUAAAAAAUGGAAGUCCACAAAGUGCUUGCAGUCCGAAAAACAACAACAAUGAAAUCCAUCAGACGGUUGCAGUCCGUAAAAACAACAACAGUGGAAUCCAUCAGACGGUUGCAGUCUGUAAAAACAACAACAAUGAAACCCAUCAGACGGUUGCAGUCCGAAAAAACACAACAUGAAAUCCAUCGGACGGUUGCAGUCUGUAAAAACAACAACAGUAGAAUCCAUCAGACAGUUGCAGUCUGCAAAUGCAUUACUAAGAAGACAAUUGAAAAGAUUUCGGUUCUGGGGAGAUGAUCACGAGAUGGUUCCAGAAGAUGAGGACAGAGACCUUAAGCUGCAGGUGUUCGUGAGAAAUGAAACAUCGGAACCAAUACAGCCCUCUUCAAGGCCGCAGCACUCGAGUGCAAAAGACUACAUUUUCUACCUGCGCCGACAGGUGGCGAAGGACCGUGGGUUAGAAGUUUCAGAAUCAGUUGGAUCUGAGAAUGAAGGAUUCACUAUUGAGUUGCCAAAGUUGUUGAACAGGCUGGAAGAUGAGUUACGAUGUGAUCAUAGGAAUUUCCUUCAAGACUUUGUGAGCGAGCCCCAAAAUGGAACCGUGUGGCUGUUGGACCUUCUGAAGAGUUGCCAUAGUCGCCAAAUAAAUCAGGAUAAACAUGGAUCUGUACAAAAUAAAGAACGCAAACAUCUACUGAAGAGAGCACUGACUGACGAGUACAACUGCUUGCUGUGUCUAAAGAUGACCCUUCGGUCACAUAAAUCCAUUAUCAGCAUCGCUCAACAUCAUAGUGGUCUCUCUGUUCUGGCUUCAUGUAUCAUGAGUACUUUUACCAAGUCCCGUGUGGUGGCGCUCGAAAUUUUGACCAAAGUUUGCGAAGUAUUCCCCGACGGCUACAAGAAAACUCUCGAAGCAAUGUCAUCUGUAAAACUUAUCUUUGGCGAGUCUGUAAGAUUCAAGUUUUUGGUAUCCAUGUUAAUGGGUAGUGGCAAGAGUGCCCAAGGAUUUGAGGUACGAGUCGUUCACCUUCCAUAAAAGUUUGGCGUUACUGAGUUUUAUCACUGAU